UAAAGUUGAUGUGUCCUUUUACAUGUUUUACGUUUUUUUCUGCUGUUUUCUCGAAAUAAAACCACUUUUUAGUCGAAAGAAAGUUAAUUAAAACGAGAAAAUGGCUGUGGAUUUUCUAUCAGAUGCAGACAGUCGGUUCUUCGGUGACGGAAUGCUACAGAAUGAUGACUGGGGUGACCCCAAUCUGAAUAGCCUGGAUGACUUCCCAUCUUUCUUGGAUACGGAAUUGAGCACUGAUGACUUGAUGCGCGAGUUUAACACAGAGAUUCAGUCCCUGAAAUUUGGGUCUGACUAUUAUACUGAUGCGGUUAGUUCUCCGUCAGAUCCGAUUCCUAUGUUCGAUGACCACAGCGACAUCCUCAGCUUAGCACUACGCGAGGAGAACAGUUUAAAUCGAUCAAGUAGUUCAGACAGUGGUAUCGCGUCCGACCUAGGUGUCAAACAUGAGCCAUUAUCUCCUGCCUCAUCAUUCUCAUCAGACUCAGACUCAGCAGGGUCAAAUAUGGACUGCCAAAUCCUCUCAUCCGAACCAUCCUGCCUCAACACAUGCAUCAAAUUGGAGAACCCUCCCCUCACACCUCCAAGGGAUCCCAACGACAUCAUCUCGCCAUUAUCCAUGCACAAUUUCUGCAGAUCAAAUCAACCGAUCACGACGCCCAUGCACGCCACGUCGAUAAAAACAGAGCCGUUGGCAUCGCAUAAGACCAGGAAUGGUAUAACCCAGAUUCUCAAUAAUAAGGUGAAAAUCGUACCUAAACCUGUUGUUACAACGACGUGCUUGCCUACGACGUUACAAAAUGGAACACCAGGAAAACCGCUCAUUCUGACGCCGGAUGAGUUUGCCCGCCUAACUGCCCAAGGUGUCCUCAAAUUCCAGCCUCCGUUAGAUGCGAAACCAGUCCUUAAAACAGUGGCGCCUGACACGACUCAGGUGACGGGUACUGCAACAAACUCAACAUAUUAUUCAGCAGAACCAACCGUGAAGGUGAUGAAACGUCAACAACGAAUGAUUAAGAACAGAGAAUCUGCAUGUUUAUCGCGGCGGCGGAAAAAAGAGUAUGUGACGAGUCUUGAAGAUCGAAUGAAACAGUUCAACCAAGAGAAUGAGAGAUUGAAACAGGAGAACAUGAAGCUGCAGCAGAAGGUCAAUCUCCUAACACAAGAGAACGACCAGCUGCGUAAAACUGUUCCCUCGAAGAGAACUGCUGCUACAUUCCUGCUCGCUGUUAUGCUUGUGUUCAGCCUCAACAUGGGACCUCUCAGCAACGUUCUCAUGCAAAGUCCAGAUAAGUCGAUGAACAUUCCAUCCCCUGAGAUUCACCAUGGCCGCACGCUGAUGUCGCUCAUUGACGAGAAAGGUCGUAGCGAAGACGUGGCGAAAUCCAACCAGACGGAUCAUGACCUUGUGCAGGCAGUGAAAAAGAUACAAAAAUCUGUGUUGAGUCAGAACAGUACGGACUACAAAGAUAUGCUGAUGAAAAGUUUGGAAACGUUGAGCACGUUUACAUUAUGUCCAACUCAUUUCAAUCGGAGUGAAUCUCUCAGGCUAGCCAAUGAGUUGACUGGUUGGGUGCUCGGCCACAAGUCCGAGAUGAAACAGAAAGAGGCUGAACGUGCCCAGCGGAAGGCCAGCAAGCUUCCCAAGCGCCAUCGGCCGCUCAAGGUCCUGAAAGCAGCGAUGGAGGGGAAACUAUCAACGCAGCUCGAGCAACCACAGGCUAGUGUUGGCGAGAGCAAAAACUAUCAGGUGCAGCUGUUUAACUCGCAUGAGAAAAACUACCAUGAAUUCUUAGAUGCCAUUCAGAGGAGGAACGAUACAUUCUAUGUCGUCUCAUUCAGGAGGGACCAUCUCCUGCUGCCAGCGACGGCACAUAACAAGACCAUGAGACCACGCAUGUCUCUUGUCAUGCCUGCCGUUAGUCUUAAUGACUCGAUGCAGCCUCCAGUGGGCAGUGUGGCGAUGAUGCAGAUUGACUGCGAGGUGAUGAACACCAAGCUCAUCCACGUCACCAAGUCGACAGUGCCGAAACACAUGUGGGAAGCCAACAAUACGAUGUCGCCCGUGCCAGGUGAAGAAAAGGAGGUGACCGAUGGUACGGAGGAUGAAGCCCGGAAAUGGAACUUGCGGUAUAAACCAAGAAAGAUCCAUCCAUAGGCUGUAGUCCUAUUGUUAUACAGCAGAAGUUCUCUAUCAAGGACACAUUUCAUUGGGGUGUCGGUAGCUCCUGUUUAUUUGUUUUUGGGAACUCUACCAUUUGAAAAAAAAUCUGAAUUUGUCCUUUAGAAUAAGAACGGUCAUCCCAUUUUGAGACAAGAUAGCAUGUUUUUGAAAGUCCUGAUGAUGUUAUAGCGCUCCGCACUCACGAUGUACCAUGCUUGCAUGUAAGUGUCCUUAUUCUGUGAUUAAUAACAAGCAGAUACGAUUUACCAGUGUUAAUGAAAAUUACAAGCGAUAUACUUGGGUGCCAAUGCGUGACUUUGUACUUAAAUUUAAAGUUGUUGUGAGGUGUUUUGAGGGUUUUAGUCAUAAAACAGGUUUGUUUUGCUUGAAUUUCGAUAUCCUUCGAAAAGAUUUUAUCUGCUAUGUGGAUAAUGAAGACAUAUUGUUUUGGUUUAUAAUGAAAAAUAAUGAUAAUGAUGAGUUUUUGCAUGGUGAGUAGAAGGAGUAAUCCAAAAGUAAAGAGUUAUAUUUUCUUAAAAACUCUUUACUUUCGUAAAGCUUUUUUUACUUGCCUUGUAGUAAACCGCACACUUUCAUUGCAUGAGAAAUGUACGUAAGAUGUAUUCGUCACUAUUCCAUGAUCGCAUUUGUGCUAGAAGGAGAGCAUUUUGAAAAAUAUUUUGUUUUUUGUAUGUAUGAUUUAGGAGUAGGUGUAAAUUCUCGUGAUUUGUAUUGUCAGACAACUUCAGUGGCGAUGAUUAGUUAUUGUCGCGGGGCACUUAACAUUAUUCCUUUGCCUUAUUCAGACACCUUUCAGUAGAAACCAUUAAGGCCACAUUCUGCGCUACACUUGACCAUUGUAGACCAGGCAGUUGAUUGGCACUGGUCGAUCUUUGAAGCCCCCAUCUUUCGGAUCCUUAGUUGGACGCCCUUCGUCUGUGCACUGCCCCCCAAAAGUUACAGAUAGCGUAAACUUUUUGAAAUAGUUUGCAUUAUGCUGGAAAACUGAAUGAAAAAUUAAUAUUUUUCCCAAAGUCCUCACUGGUUGACUGGAUCCAUUUACUUUAUCCAUUCGCUUGUCCAUUAUUUCUACAAACUAUGAAGUUUUUUAUCCAACUCCUGAACAUUUUCGUGAGAUUUUCCAUAAAUUGAUUCUCGCAUAGGUGUGGGUUUGAUGUUGUCCUGGUUGUUGUGCGUUUGUAAUUAAGAUGUUUAUAAAUUGCAAAUUAAUAUAUUAAUAUAAAAGUUUAUGUCGUAUGAGGUGUUUAGUUUUGAAAGUUGAAUCCAUUCAGUUCUUGUAAUAAGGAGUUCUGGCAAAUUGAGAAAAGACCUGCUCCAUGACGUAUCUAUAUAAAUUAACUUAUGAUUUUCUAAAACAAUUUACAUUCUGAUGAAUAAAUAAGAAAUAAUGAGUUAAUGCAUAAAUCAAUACAUAUAUACAUGUAUGUCGCACAUGAGUGAUUUUUCAGUUUGAUUGUCAGAUGGGAAUUUUCUUGUUGAAGUUUGUACCAAUAUAAAGUUCUUCCUUGCGUGGCAAUGCACCAAAUUGAGGAAGUAAUGGAGCAAGACUUUGUCACAUCCUUUAUCUGUUGAAUCCCCUGGUUGUUUAAAGCAAGUUGGACACCAAAUUUGGCCAGUUGCCAUAGCGAUGUUAUCCUGAAGUUUACUUUUUCUCUCUCGAGAUGUACGUAUAUUUAUUGUAUUGUGUUGUUUUAUGUGUAUAUGAUAUAAGGUAAAGGGUACCAUAAAUUCCUUCCCAAAAUGUCCACAAAUGUGUUGUUUUAGACCAUUCGACCAAAACUCCAUAACCGUGUGCACAUUUCAUUGGUCUCAGCUGCCGUGUUAAGUAAACUUGCAAUUUUUCUUGCUGAAACUAUAGAUCCAUGCACUUGAUUGGGACCAACGUUUACGAAAACGUCGCGUCACGUCACGUUACACUAAUGUAAAAUGCAUGGUGACGUGAUGACGGCCAACACUACGUCAUGUAAACGUUGUUCCCAAUCAAGUGCAUGAAUCUAUAGUGACAGUUAUUCGGACGAUUAGCAAUAAAAAGUUGCAGCGACAGAAAACACUUGUUUGCAGGCUGCUGCAGUUGUAAUCCAUUAUGAGUUUUGUCAGGUGUAUUGGUAAGAAUGGUUUGCUUGUAUUUGAUACAAAUUUCAUUAUUAUUCAUAGAAAACGUCGAUUUAAUAGGUAUUGAGUAUUGGAAACCCGUUUGUUUUCCUUAAACUUGUUGAAUCAUCUUCAGUGGGUUUUGCCAGUGAAAUGUGUACAAAAGUUAUAGUUGCAGAAGCCAGAUUUUAUCAUCAUAAUAUCAGAUACUCCCUUGUGAAGAAAGUGUUUGCUGUUGUAAUUUUGUUUAUAAAUCACAUAAAGUAAAGAUGCCAUGCACAUAAAGUAAUGAAGACUGGUGAUAAUGAUAUAAGGUAAUAAAGAUUGGUGUCUUCACAGAAAACAAUCUUUUGAUUUACUCGAGGCCUUCGUUGCCUGCAAUUGAUUUUAACAGUGUUCUUUAUAUGUGUAACUCGGGGCACCCCUACAAUACCAUACUGGUGUUAAACUUUAAAAUUCAGUGAUAUGUUCAAUUCUAAAAACCUCUUCCCACUCAUGUACAUGUACUUAUAUCACUGCUGUUUCAGAACAUAAUGUACAGUACUGCAGUUCUUCUACACCAUUUCCUUGUACCACUGUAUACCCAGCUUAAUUUUUUCUCUGGUUUGUUGGGUUCUUAUGAGAAACAAUUAUUUGAUGUCUAAAAAAAAGGCAAGCUGUGAUCUAUUUUAAAAAAGAUAAUGCAAAAUCAAUGCUGCACAACUCUUAAAGGCCUAAGCCAGUCGUUAAAAAAUUUGAAAUUCGUAAUAAAUUUUGAAAAUUUAUGAUAAUAAUGAUAAAAAGAUAUUUUUAUUAACAGUGUCUUCUGUCGGAUGAAAUGGUCAUGAUUCUUGUAAAGCCUCAUAAAAUUGUCAACUUUGUCAUCUGCAUUAGGAUUUUGAUACUUUGACCAUAGGUAGACUAGUACAAGUAAGUAGGCCUUACCGGUUUGUGCCAUAGAUCGAGAUAAGAAAACGUGCAAUCCAGAAAUUAUAAUAAACCAUUAUUAAUUUGACCAUAAUAAUUAAAACAACAAUAUGAUAUGUUGGUGUUACUUAAGGUAACGUAAUAAGUAGCACAUUUAUUUGUCUAAACAAUUGCAUGAGGUUUGACUACAUCAGCAUAUCCUGAUUAUCAAUACAUGACAAAUGACGGACAAAAUAAAAUGACUGUACGAGUAUGUGUAUCAAAGAUAUUGUGCAUGUCAAGUAAUAGCUUUGUGUCUGCAUGCUUCAAAAAUUUAGUUAGGUUUAGAUAGUAGAGAAUAAUGUGACCAACAGUAUGAAUUAUUUUGGUCGAAUUUUGGUAAACUUAUGCUAGCUUAUUAUUGGUUAUUUGGACUUGUUGUGGCCUUAGGAGGCCAACAAACUCUCGGUUUACAGAUAUAAGGCACUGAAAUUGAAACCUGUACAACGAAAUCAAUGGAAAGGCCAGGCCAUGAUAUGUCAUCAUGACACUCAGACGAUCGGACAGCUUGGUGUCACAAACCCAUUGACUAUCCAAUUUGAACAUUUUGCAUAUUUUGGGGCAUGAUUGAUGUAUAAAAAAGCAGUCUUAGAUCUGUGAAACUAGAGUAUGUUCAUUUGGCACUUCACCGCAGCUUAAUACAUGUGGCAAUUUGAAGCAAAAGAUUUUGUUGCAGCUUAAUUGUAAAUAUGGAAAUUAUCUAACUAUCAAAUUAAAACAUUAUAAAGAAUGAAUUCAACAUUUCACCUAGUCAUUCCAGAAAUGUUUUGAAUCAUUUGUUUGAAGAAACGCAAUGAUAUGUAUAGUUUUUAAAAUAUUUAAGUGUAGACAAUUAAAUGUCAUGAUUGUUAAUUUUUGGCUUUCGUCACAAUCUUGAUGGCAGUUGGAGUUAAAUCCUCAUUUGGAGGAGUGUCCAAAAAAUAUAAGAUAAUUCUUUUGAAAAAUGUUGUAUUAAAUUCUAAAACACUGUUAACAGUCAAUUUAUAUGUAAAAAGAGAGAUAACCCUAUUGUGCGCUUUGUUUAAGCAUGCUAGGAACUUUAGGAGUGAAAAGGGUUUGAAUUGAUGCCCUCUCCUAAUGGAGUAUUGGAAAGGGCAAUUAUUCUGAAGAUCCGGUUCAUCGUGAGUUGUUAUGAUGUUAGUGAGACACAUGGUGUUGGGCUGCAACAUAUAAGCAACAACCUUUCUUAUGCAACUUUUGUUGUGCGUGUAAUAAAUGUUUACAGUAAAAUUUAUCUUGAA